AUGUUUUAUGUCUUGGAACUAUUACUUGGACUACUGUUUCUUCUGUCUUUGCACUAUCCAGGGGUAUCAAAAUUUUGUAGUAUGAAAAGUGGCUGCAUGAUUGCUGUUUUUACAAUAUUAUACGAUUGGUGCGUUCAGACGACUAGGGCUGCUGGAAUGGGUGGAGCUGCCAUGCAAGAAGGUACAAGGAAUCCAGCUAUGGCUACUGUCAAUGCCUUUGGAUUUUCUUUGGCCAUGCUAAGUUUUGCAUUCAUGGGAAAUGGCUAUCUCACAACGUAUAGACAGGCUGAGAAGGAUCCAGACAACUGGCCUACCAAACACUUUACCACAAAAAAGGCAUUCUGGUACUGGUACUCGAGUUCAGCAAAAGGCGCCUAUAGAACCUGUAUGACAUCUUAUACAAGGGAUAUCAGGGGUACUAUUCUCGGAAAGAAGGAGCAUCUCUUUAUUGUAUAUGAAGAUACUCCACCUGAAGAUGAAGAUCCCUUCUUUGAUCUACCAUUCAUUAAGAAGAAAGAGGAAGCUGAAUGCAUACCAUACCCGUUUGUGCCUCCUUACUAA